GAGCAGAAGAGCAUCAGAGAGACAUUCAUGAAGAUCACAGUGAAGUUCUUGAGGAGGAGGAAGCAGGAGAAGCUGGCUGACCUCCUGCAGAGCAAUACCGUCGAUGCAGUUUGUCAAUCCAAACUCAAAGUUCGGCUGCAGAAGAAGCACCAGCAUGUGUCUGAGGGGAUCACUAAAGCAGGAAAGACAACCCUUCUGGAGCAGAUCUACACGGAGCUCUACAUCACAGAGGGAGGGACCGGAGAGGUCAACCAUGAACAUGAAGUCAGACAGAUUGAAGCAGCUUCCAGGAAACCAGACGGAGCAGAAACAGCCAUCAGACAGGAAGACAUCUUUAAACCCCCACCUGGAAGAGGAGGACCAAUCAGAACGGUGAUGACGAAGGGAGUGGCCGGCAUCGGGAAAACAGUCCUAACACAGAAGUUCACUCUGGACUGGGCUGAAGGCAGAACCAACCAGGACAUCCAGUUCCUGCUUCCAUUCACCUUCAGACAGCUGAAUGUGCUGAGAGAGGAGAAGUUCAGCUUGGUGGAACUAGUUCAUCACUUCUUCUCUGAAACCAAAGGAAUCUGCAGCUUUGAAGAGUUCCAGGUCGUGUUCAUCUUUGACGGUCUGGAUGAGUGUCGACUUCCUCUGGACUUCCACAACUCUACAAUCCUCAGUGACCCCAGAAGUUCCACCUCAGUGGACGUGCUGCUGACAAACCUCAUCAGGGGGAACCUGCUUCCUUCUGCUCGUCUCUGGAUCACCACACGACCCGCAGCAGCCAAUCAGAUCCCUCCUUACUGUGUCUCCAUGGUGACAGAAGUCAGAGGGUUCACUGACCCACAGAAGGAGGAAUACUUCAGGAAGAGGUUCAGAGAAGAGGAGAAGACCAGCAGGAUCAUCUCCCACAUCAAGACAUCACGGAGCCUCCACAUCAUGUGCCACAUCCCAGUCUUCUGCUGGAUCACUGCUACGGUCCUGGAGAACGUCCUGGAGAACGUCCUGGAAACCAGAAAUCGAAGGCAGCUGCCCAAGACCCUGACUGAGAUGUACAUCCACUUCCUGGUGGUCCAGGCUAAACUGAAGAAGGUCAAGUAUGACGGAGGAGCUGAGACGGAUCCACACUGGAGUCCAGAGAGCAGGAAGAUGGUGGAGUCUCUGGGAAAACUGGCUUUUGAGCAGCUGCAGAAAGGAAACCUGAUCUUCUAUGAACGAGACCUGAGAGAGUGUGGCAUCGAUGUCAGAGAGGCUUCAGUGUACUCAGGAGUGUUCACCCAGAUCUUUAGAGAAGAGAGCAGCCUGUACCAGGACCAGGUCUUCUGCUUCAUCCAUCUGAGUGUUCAGGAGUUUCUGGCUGCUCUUCAUGUCCAUCAGACCUUCAUCAGCUCUGGAGUCAACCUGCUGGGAGAUCAACGAACAACUCACCCUUCUUCAACCGGUCUCUAUCCGACAGCUGUAGACUGGACCUUACAGAGUCCAAACGGACAUCUGGACUUCAUCAACUCUGGAGUCAACCUGCUGGGAGAUCAACGAACAACUCACCGUUCUUCAACCGGUUUCUAUCAGACACCUGUGGACUGGACCUUACAGAGUCAAAACGGGCAUAAGACCUUCAUCAACUCUGGAGUCUACCUGCUGGGAGAUCAACGAACAACUCACCGUUCUUCAACAGGUUUAUAUCAGACACCUGUGGACUGGACCUUACAGAGUCAAAACGGGCAUAUGACCUUCAUCAACUCUGGAGUCUACCUGCUGGGAGAUCAACGAACAACUCACUGGAAAUAA